AUUGAAGAUGAGAUGACCUUGCGCUAGCUUAAUUAUCGGGCGCUUAAUUGUAUUUCGGAAUGUUACCCGUGACACUCCUCAAGGCUGCAACGAAUCUUCCUAUGCUUGUUGAGUUGAAAAGUGGUGAAACUUAUAACGGUCACCUUGUUGCUUGCGAUGACUGGAUGAACAUUCAUCUUAAAGAAGUUAUUUGUACAUCUCGAGAUGGGGAUCGCUUCUGGAAAAUGCCAGAGUGUUAUAUUCGUGGAAGCAUAAUAAAAUAUUUACGGAUUCCAGACGACGUAAUCGAUAAGGUUAAAGAGGACUUGCAGCUAGCCAAAAUGCGUAAUCGCUCUCAGUCUGCAGACACUGGGCGUGGGAGUUUUCAUAGAAAUAAGGCUAGAGGUCGGGGUGGUAAUGCUCCUAAUACUCGAGGUCGUGGAGGAGCAGGGCGUGGCGGGAGUGUACCUGGUGGUCCUGGUCGUGGUGGAGGAUUUCGUGGUAAAUAAGAAAGUCACUAAUUAUGAAUCCAAAUGUACUGUUUACUAUUUUGUGAAUAUUGACAAACUCACUUAUUUUCUUUCACAAUGUUAUAUAAAACAGAUAAUUUUAACUACAAAAACAUUACUUUCCAAGUGAA